AUGAGGACGUCUGUUGCCCUGUUUUUCGCGGCGCUAGGCAGUAUCAGCCUGCCCUGCACGCUCCAUGUCUCCCUAGCUGCGCCAAUGCAAGGAACGUUGGGCCCGGAUGUGCCAGAAAACAUCGGUGAGCCUCCUGUUCUUCCGUCCUCUUCCAGUGAUGUUCCACUGCGAGGGGCCGAAGGCGGGAGCACUCAGGAGGGCGCCGUGGAGGGACCCCUGCCACAGGAAUGGAGACAACCGCCCCCAAAGCCUCCCCGUCGACGUCUAGUCGAGUCGAUGCCCAGCCAUUCGAGUUCGUCUAUCCGCCGAGGAGGCGACAGUAAUGUUCUACUGCCUGAGGCCGAAGGCGGGAGCACUCAGGAGGGCGCCGUGGAGGGACCCCUGCCACAGGAAUGGAGACAACCGCCCCCAAAGCCUCCCCGUCGACGUCUGGUCGAGGCGAUGCGCAGCAAUUCGAGUUCGUCUAUCCGCAGAGGAGGAGAGAGUAUCGUCCCAGGGCCUGAAAACGUUGCCAAUGACGAGGGUGGUUCUCCAUCUGACGAUUUGAAGAUCGUACAGCCCGAGGAUGUGCCGCCUGGGGGCCCGGGGCCGAAAGCUCCCGGAGUUGGUACCAGGAUGAGAAACUGGGUCAUGAGAGUGCCAAAUAUAGAACUGCAACCACCCAGGCAGGUGGUUGGUCGCAUGGGCCGCUUCGUCGGAGGUGCCCGACGGGCUGUUGGACGCGGUUGGCGGCGGUUCACCACGGGUGAUGCCUCAGCAUUCGAUGAUCGAGCGAAGAAAAUUGUCCGCCUGGGCGCGACUGUGCAGCUGAUCCAACUUCUGGCAGCACUGCACACGCGAAAAGUAGUGCACGGAAAGCUGGAACCCAAAAGCGUUCUGCUCUUCAGUCAUGGCCUUCUCUACCUCUCCGACCUCGGCAGAGCACGUCGCCACGGGGAGAGGUUCACGACAUUCCGUCCGAGUAGGAUUCCUGGUACGCUCUUGGAGCAGGUGGAUUGA